UUUUUUUAAAAUCGCAAGAUAUUUUCUGUUUCGGCGGGGAGAAAAGGCGGCGACAGUUACAGAAAGAUCGAGAAGCGGUGGUGCGACGAUGACGACCUUUCAGAGCAUGGCCAUCGGUGAGAAUCUGCUCCUCGGUAUCUCAGAAUGUGGCUUCCAGAAACCUACUCGAGUUCAGGAGGCUUGCACGGAAAAGAUCGCCGGUGGAGAGAGUUUGUUCGUGACGGCGAGAUCCGGCAGUGGGAAGAGCGCCGCCAUAGCCAUCGCCGUCAUUCAGAAGGUUAACGCGUCGAAUCCAAAGAUUCAAGUGAUCAUACUUUCAGCUAGGUUCAAGCUUGCUGUAGAACUGGAGAAAGCAAUCCAGCAGCUUGGAAGGCACAAAAACGUCAGAGCACAUGCCAUGUCUGCUGGUUCGCCCUGGAUGCAAGGAACUCAGAUUCUCAUUGGCGUCCCCAAUUUUCUUUUAGAGAAGAUGAGGAGCGGAACUGUUAAUGUGUCUAAUGCACAUGUCAUCAUUGUCGAUGAUGCUGAGGAAAUGGAUCGAUUCUCUGGAAGCAUAAAUGAACUUAUCAAUUUCACAUCUGCAAACAUCAACCAGGUCUGCUUCCUUGGUUCUACUAUACCCUCAAGUCUUGUCGCACAUGCAAGGGAUUUUGAUGUUCACAUUGAUGACAUUUCUGUGGUUGAGAAACAUAAGGACGUUGAACAUUACGAAUAUGAUGUGAAAAAUGAUGUUGAGAAGAUGAAGAGGCUGCGUGAAAUCCUGAUGGCUAACGACAACGCAAUCAUCUUUUGCAAUAGCAAAUCAACAGCGAGGUUUCUACAUUCUGCGUUGGAACUCCCUGAUCAUGUGUGUGCUAUGAUGGAUGGGGAGCUUCUCCCUAGGAAGAGGGACAUCCUCGUCGACAGUCUGCGGUCAGGUGAUCUCAAAUACCUCAUCACUACAGACGUCGAGUCCUCGAAGCUCAGAGCUUCUCUCGUCGUCAUGUAUGAUAUCCCCACCUGCCUUGAGGUCUACAUGGACCGCUCUCACCGGGUCUGUCGCGGCAAGGCAGUCUCUUUGGUCAAACCAUCAGAUAAAAGCCGCAUGAAGCUGAUAAAGGACACCCCAAGGAGUGUGUGAGGAGUCAUCUCGAGAUUGGUCAAUAUCUGUCAAAACUUCUAUUUUCGUUUUUUUUUUCUCCCUAAAGACUGGUGUCUUUCUUGUUGGUACUCAAAAUAUUUCCACGUUUCUCACUAAAGAUACAUUUUGUGAUGUUAAAAAGGAUAAACUCAAUCC